UUGUUUUGACUUUUGGGCCAACGUGCUUGCAUGAAAAUUCAAAAUAGUUUAAUAAAAUAAAUUGCAAUUAGGUAUGCAUUUAUUGUAUUAUGAAAAUAGCAUAAUAAGUUUUGAUUUAUAAAAUGGAAACCAAAAUCCACAGAAUCCGUUAUUACAACCCUGAACCUAAAGGUAUUAAUUGUAUAUCAUAUGAGAAAAAGAGUAAACUUCUAGCUUUAUCAAGAAAAGAUGCAUCUAUAGAAAUAUGGGAUCUAACACAUGCGCCCUAUCUUAUCAAAUUUAUACCUGGAUUGGAAAACUCGUCCGUGGAGGCCCUUGGUUGGGUAAAUGAAAGACUGUUGUCAACUGGUUUGGGAGGUGCACUUAUUGAGUGGGAUCUCGAGAAACUCUGUAUUAAAAAUAGUGUUAUUCUUACUGGCUAUGAAGCUUGGUGUCUUGAUGUAAGCGAAGAGAACACAUUAGUUGCUAUAGGCACAGAACAGGGAUAUUUGAAUCUUUAUUCAGUAGAAAACAAUGAUAUUGUAUAUAAAAAGCUUUUUGAUAAACAGGAAGGCAGGAUACUUUGUUGUAAAUUUGAUAAAACAGGAAAUAUGCUAGUGACAGGUUCAAUUGACAAUAUAAGAGUAUGGAAUGUUCAUAAUGGUCAAGCCACCUGUAGGAUAUCAUGUAGCAGAAGGGGGAAAGAAGUAAUUGUAUGGUGUGUUGGAAUAUUGUCCGACAAUACUAUUAUCUCUGGGGAUAGUCAUGGCAGGCUCACCUUUUGGGAUGGUGUUAUGGGAGAUCAGAUUGAAACCUAUGCCACUCACAAAGCUGAUGUUCUAUCUCUAGUGAUAUCAGAUGACGAGCAGAGUUUGUAUUGUAGCGGUGUGGAUCCCAUCAUAACAAUGUUCAUGAAAGUCAGUAAGACAGUCGAAAAGCAAGCUUCGUCCCAAUGGGUUAAAAAUGUUCAAAGAAAUAUACACGAACAUGAUGUUAGAGGCCUGGCUUUGAAUGAUGAGAGACUCAUAUCAGUAGGAGAAGAUGGAUACUUAACAUUAUCAAGUUUUCCACCCAAAAGAGUCAUGAGAAUACCUCCGAUGAUACCAUCUCCGAGAACAUUGAUUUGUCCACAAAGGAGGCUACUCUUAUUGAGGUACAAAAAUUACUUGGAGGUGUGGAAAUUGGGAGCCUAUGCAAAGGAUGAGAGAGGGAAAGCCGUCCUAAAUAUUUUAAAUAUAAAAGACGUAAUUCAAAACAAUAGCAGCUCUUUAGAACAAGACACAGACUUACCGUUGAUGCCACAAAUGGAAUGCAACGAAAGGAGAACAUUGAAACUAACCGAGGAACCACUCAAAUUGACUUCUAUUCAUGCUAAAGGGAAAAAGGAUAUAAAAUGUUGUGAUAUCUCACCGAGUGGGGAGUUAAUUAUUUAUUCUACUGACAGUCAUGUUAGAAUGCUGAAGUUGGAUGAAGAUCCACGUAAUAUAUCAUUGCGUAAAGUGCUGAUAAAUGGUUUGCCGUACUGCGAUCGAGUCGCUUUCACAGACGAUUCUAGAACAAUGGUCGCCCAUUAUGCGGGUGAGCUGUAUGUUAUGCAGGUGGAUACUGAUGCAGGCGCCACGCUGGUACAGAAAAUAUCAACAGAGAAAAAUCUGCGGGACAGGACCGCUCUGCAUUUAAUACUGUCAAAGGCAACACCGCGAGGCGUUUAUUUGGUGGUAUCUGAUGCGAAAGGUGAUAUUGCGGUGUGGUUACGGCAAAGUGUCAAAUUCAAAUAUGUCCUGAAUUUGCCGAAAUACAAAUGUAUCCCAAGUGCACUAGCCGUACAUCAAGAUAAGUUGACCGUUGUGUAUGUCGAUCAAAGGAUAGUGGAAUAUGAUUUGGAGAGUCAAAAAUUCACGGGGUGGCCGCCUACACCGCUUCCUGCUGCGUGGAUGAACCGCAAGAUGGCCGUUAACAGUGUGUGCGCACAUCCGCGGAGAAAUGCGCUCGUCUUCAAUGACGAGACAUCGCUGUGGGUCAUGGACAAACAUGAUAAGGAACAAAUAGAGCCGUCGCCGAAAAAGAAGCAGAAUCAAAGUAAACGCGUACAGCUCAAAGUGAUUCCUAUGAAAUACUUGGCUGGCUUCCAUUGGAUUGGCGAUGACGAGGCAGUCGCAGUGGAGAUACUCCCGGAGAAUAUUGUUUCACAACUACCGCCAAUAAUGGCGAAAAAGAAACAUAACAUGGAAUAAGUUAGCAUAAUUUACUAUAAAGAGUACAAGUUCUAUCUUUGUUAUUUUAUAUACAAUAAACUAUAUUGUGUACGAAGAUAAAAAUAAAUAUUAAUCCAUUUAAAUAUU